GGUUCAGGAUGAAUAGGAAGAAAGGAGACAAAGGAUUUGAAAGCCCAAGACCCUAUAAAUUAACUCAUCAGGUAGUUUGUAUCAACAACAUAAAUUUUCAGAGAAAGUCUGUUGUAGGUUAUGUGGAACUGACAAUAUUUCCCACAGUUGCAAACCUGAACAGAAUCAAGCUGAACAGUAAACAGUGCCGGAUUUACAGAGUGAGAGUCAAUGAUUUAGAAGCAGCUUUCAUCUAUAAUGAUCCAACACUGGAGGUCUGUCACCAUGAGUCAAAGCAGAGGAAUCUCAACUAUUUCUCCAACGCCUAUGCUGCCGCUGUCAGUGCUGUGGACCCAGAUGCUGGAAAUGGAGAACUCUGCAUUAAGGUUCCCUCAGAGCUAUGGAAACAUGUUGAUGAGUUAAAAGUCCUGAAAGUGCAUAUAAACUUUUCUCUGGACCAGCCAAAAGGAGGCCUUCAUUUUGUGGUACCCAACAUGGAGGGCAACAUGGCAGAAAGAGGGGCUCAUGUCUUUUCAUGUGGUUAUCAAAAUUCUACAAGAUUUUGGUUUCCUUGUGUGGAUUCAUAUUCUGAGUUGUGUACCUGGAAACUCGAGUAUACUGUAGAUGCUGCAAUGGUGGCUGUUUCAAAUGGAGAUUUGGUGGAAACUGUAUACACCCAUGAUAUGAGAAAGAAGACUUUUCAUUACAUGUUGACUAUUCCAACUGCAGCUUCUAACAUCUCCUUGGCAAUUGGACCUUUUGAAAUCCUUGUUGAUCCAUACAUGCAUGAGGUGACUCACUUUUGCUUACCACAACUUCUCCCAUUGCUCAAACACACCACAUCCUACCUUCAUGAGGUGUUUGAAUUUUAUGAGGAGAUUCUUACCUGCCGCUAUCCUUACUCUUGUUUCAAGACUGUUUUUAUAGAUGAAGCUUAUGUUGAAGUAGCUGCCUAUGCAUCCAUGAGUAUUUUCAGCACAAACCUCUUGCACAGUGCAAUGAUUAUAGAUGAAACUCCACUGACAAGGAGAUGCUUGGCACAGGCCCUGGCCCAGCAAUUCUUUGGAUGUUUCAUAUCCAGAAUGUCCUGGUCAGAUGAAUGGGUGCUAAAGGGAAUCUCUGGUUACAUUUAUGGCCUUUGGAUGAAAAAAACCUUUGGUGUUAAUGAGUAUCGUCACUGGAUUAAACAGUUAAAUAAUGUAUCCAGUACCAAAGUCAAUCAACACUUAGUAAAUUUAAAAAGGGAUCUUGGGAUUGUGGGUCCUGGCUCAGUUGUAAUUGGCAAGAAGAGACUUUUACUAAAGUCAAUCGACUGUAUAAUCCCUGCUUCACAUUUGCAUUUUUCAAUCAAACACCCUCAUACUCUGUCCUGGGAAUAUUACACUAUGUUCCAGUGUAAAGCACAUCUUGUUAUGAGACUGAUUGAGAACAGAAUUAGCAUGGAGUUCAUGUUACAGGUUUUCAACAAGUUGUUGAGUCUGGCCAGUACUGCUUCAUCUCAGAAGUUCCAGUCACACAUGUGGAGUCAGAUGUUGGUUUCCACAUCUGGAUUUUUGAAAUCUAUCUCAAAUGUCUCAGGCAAAGACAUCCAACCUUUAAUAAAGCAGUGGGUAGAUCAGAGUGGCGUGGUAAAAUUUUAUGGUAGCUUUGCAUUUAAUAGAAAACGGAAUGUAUUGGAAUUGGAAAUAAAACAAGAUUACACGUCUCCAGGGACUCAGAAAUAUGUGGGUCCUCUUAAAGUGACAGUGCAAGAACUUGAUGGCUCAUUCAACCAUACAUUGCAGAUUGAAGAGAACAGUCUUAAGCAUGAUAUACCUUGCCAUUCUAAAAGCAGAAGAAAUAAGAAGAAAAAGAUUCCACUGAUGAAUGGAGAAGAGGUAGACAUGGACCUUUCUGCUAUGGAUGCUGAUUCCCCCUUGCUCUGGAUAAGAAUAGAUCCCGAUAUGUCAGUGCUGAGGAAGGUGGAAUUUGAGCAGUCUGAUUUCAUGUGGCAGUAUCAGCUGAGAUAUGAGAGAGAUGUGGUGGCACAAGAAGAAGCCAUUCUGGCAUUGGAAAAGUUCCCUACUCCUGCAUCCCGGCUUGCCCUGACUGACAUCCUGGAACAGGAACAAUGUUUCUACCGGGUGAGAAUGCUGGCCUGCUUCUGCCUUGCAAAGAUUGCAAAUUCCAUGGUAAGUACGUGGACAGGACCACCAGCCAUGAAGUCACUCUUUACCCGAAUGUUUUGUUGUAAGACUUGUCCAAACAUUGUGAAGACCAACAACUUCAUGAACUUUCAGAGCUACUUUCUUCAGAAGACUAUGCCUGUUGCCAUGGCCCUUCUAAGAGAUGUUCACAACCUUUGUCCUAAGGAGGUUUUAAUGUUUAUUUUGGAUUUGAUCAAGUAUAAUGAUAACAGGAAGAAUAAGUUUUCAGACAACUAUUAUCGUGCUGAGUUGAUUGAUGCCCUAGCCAACUCUGUGACUCCUGCAGUCAGUGUGAACAAUGAAGUUCGAACAUUGGAUAACUUAAAUCCUGAUGUACGACUUAUUCUUGAGGAAAUUACCCGUUUUCUGAAUAUGGAGAAGCUUCUUCCCAGUUACAGACAUACUAUCACAGUCAGCUGUUUAAAAGCCAUUCGAGUGCUUCAGAAGAAUGGUCAUGUCCCAAGUGAUCCUGCUCUCUUCAAGUCGUAUGCAGAAUACGGGCACUUCAUCGAUGUCCGAAUAGCAGCACUGGAGGCUGUAGUUGAUUAUACAAAAGUUGAUAGGAGCUAUGAAGAAUUACAGUGGCUACUCACUAUGGUUCAGAGUGAUCCUGUACCCUACAUAAGGCAUAAGAUUUUGGACAUGCUGACUAAGAAUCCACCUUUCACCAAGAAUAUGGAGUCCCCCUUAUGUAAUGAAGCUUUGGUAGAUCAGCUGUGGAAACUGAUGAAUUCAGGAACUUCACAUGACUGGAGAUUACGAUGUGGUGCUGUGGACCUCUAUUUCACACUCUUUGGCCUCAGCAGACCUUCCUGUUUACCAUUACCAGAGCUUGGACUUGUUCUUAACCUGAAGGAAAAGAAAGCUGUACUCAAUCCAACAAUUAUCCCUGAAUCAGUUGCAAAUAAUCAGGAACCUAUGAACAGUACUAACAAUCAUGGACAGUCAGUAGGAUUUCAGAACACCGAGGAUGAUCAUCUUAUUAAGGAAACAGCAUCCAGCAUUUCUGGUCAUCAGCAGGGGGUGAAGAGGAAGGCUGAUAUGCCACUCGGGUCUCCAUUGGAGCCAGGGCAAAUACUAGAGAAGAAUGAAGACAGUAAAGUCAAACUCAAAAUCAGAUUCUCAAACUCUCAAGAGGAAGAGGAAAUUGAUAUGGACACAGUUCAUGACAGCCAAGCCUUCAUUUACCAUCAUUUGAAUAUGCUGGAGCGACCAUCCACACCAGGUAAGGAACAAUCUUCUGGAGAGAUAAACAUGCACCCUGUCUCAGCAGCUCCACUCUCUGUGUUCAGUAAAGAAUCAAACUCCUCAAAACACAGUGAUCACCAUCACCAUCACCACCAUGAGCACAAGAAAAAGAAGAAGAAACACAAGCAUAAGCAUAAACAUAAACAUAAACAUGACACUAAAGAAAAGGAAAAGGAUCCCUUUGUUUUCUCUAACAGUCCAGCCAGUGCACGAUCAAUCCGUUCCCCAUCACUUUCAGACUGAUACCAAUGGCUUCUCUGGAGUUCAACUUGCAAUACUCUUGGAGUACUUAGAAGGAUGUACAUAACUAUAGCUUCUAUCUUUUUUUUUAUGGAACUAAGAAUAUGUGAAUUGCCUGAGCAAGUCAGAAGCUCUGCCACCUUUGAAGCCUUCUUUUUGCAUGUGUGGUUGUUGAAAUCUGAUUCAAAAAAUAUGGUUUAUGAUUCUGACUCAUUUUGUAUUUCACUGUUCUCCACACCUCCCACUCUUUUUUCCAUUUUAAACAAAGAAAACAGCCCUUUAUGUAAGGGCCCCAUGUCCACUGGCAACCCCCUGCACAUCACGCUUACCAUGUGUGUUGCCAGAAUCAAUUAUGGUUUAAUCCUUUGAAGAAUGUUAGAGGCAGAGUAUGUUUUAAGCAGAAGCCAAUUGCCUGGCCUUUGGUGACAGACUGUUUCCAGAGCAGUAUUGUAUAACUAAGAGUAGAUCUCCUCAGAAGACAGGGAUUUCCUUUAGUCUUCAGCUGACCUGUUUCUUGCUUUAACCAUUGCAACGUAAUGUCAGACUUCUAAAAGAACAGUAUGUAGAACAUUUUCAAUUUUCAGAUACUAAAACUCUUGAAAAAUUCCAGGCUGCUUUUAGGCUGGUGGUAUUUAUUAUGGACAUGAGCCUUUUAAUAUGAUUAAAUUCUGCAGUUGUUUUUGGAAUUUUAGCAAAAUGCAUAAUGCAUGUUUUGUCCUGUAAUCAGGCUUUUAAAAAUCCAAUAAAGUUUGCGAAUUAUUUUGACAGAGACAGAUUUUUUUCUUCAAGCUUACAUUAGAAUAUGCUUUUGAAAUAUGUUUGCUAAAAUUUAAAAAAUAAUUCUGAAAAGUUUAAAAAUUAAAAUAUCGAAAACAUGUAUUUCUUCCUCCUGAGGGGUGAUUUGUUUGAAAGCAGGAUCAGCUCAUGAAUCCACAGGAGAAAUAUAUCAGUAGAUUAAACUGGGUCUGGUACUUUAAAUGAUGGAUAUAUUUAAAUUCCUUUAGCUGUUUUUUAUGCAGUGUACUAUUUACACCUGGAAAGUGUUUUAUUUAAAAACUUAAUUUUUAAAAAGUUUUAAUAAUACAGAUAAAUAGUCUCUGCCACUUUUUAUCUAUUCUCUUUAUAUGUGUAUAGAGGCAGUGUUUUAUUUCCAUAUACUGGUUAGCUUCUGUUGCCCAUAGUUCACAUAACAUUCUAUAAGAUGGUUGUAUUUGGGUUAAAUAUUUUUUUUUUUAUCAAUUUUCACAAACUUUCAUGAGAGAGUGAUUCUCCUUAAAGCAAAGAGAGAAAGUUCAAGAGGGACCCAAGAAGACUUUUUUAAAGCUAUAUUCUGUUUCAUGAAAGUUAAUAAAUACUUUUAU